AAAUGAAGCAAAACGGUGGUGUGAUUUCUGCCUAUUGACCUGGACUAUUUUCGACCUGGGACUCUUUUUGACGUGUAGUUUAAGAUCUUGUUGAUCUACUAAUAUUUUAGCCAUUAGAUACGCGCGUGCACAAAUACUGGUAAUAUAUUUUGAUUUUCAUCAUGGCGGAAAUGAGUCCUGGAUAACUUAAUAUUUCAGGUCUAUAUAAAACAUGGCGCACCAAGCUCAACUAGCGAAUGUCAAAUACAGGAACUGGGUGAAGGCUGGACUUGGUAUAAAGUACGUUAAAGAAGGUUUGGAACCAUUCUGUGCCCACUUGGCUACACAACAACAUAUUGAUAUCCUGAAUAAAGUUAAACAGACACAAAAUCUUUCAGCAGUGUCUUGUGGGCAUUGCGAUGUACGGACUCUCCUGCCUCACCAAGCCCAAAAUAAGCCGUGCCCUCUUGGUCAAGAUCAUUGUAACUGUCAGUAUCCAAAAAGGAAAUCCUUUUGUCCAAACAAUGUAUGUGGGGCAAUCUAUGAUGAAAUCAUUCAACUCCACUCAUCAACCCCUCCAGCGCCAUACUGGAGGAACACGGAUGCACGUCAAUGGUGCACUGAACCAUGGUCUGUUGCAAAAUGUUUCAUAAAUGCUCCAGGAUAUGAACAAAAAUCGAAAGUGAGUGAGUUCGAUUGCCCUGGCUUGUUACAUCUGCUGAUAAACAAUAAAGGUUUUCAACAACACAUCAAGUGUGCAAUCUCUGGCAAAGACGUUUUUUCAAGGGUACGCAAGUCUAGAAAUGAAAUAUUUCAUUCCCAUACAAUGGAACUAGAAGACAAUGAAGUUAAUAGUUAUAUAGAUGAUAUGAUAGAACUGUUAGAAGAUGAAACUGAAAUUAAACACAGGCAAGAAUCUAAAGCUGCGGUCAUAAAGCUGCAACAGCUAAAGCAGACGAACUUCGCCAUAUCCACGGCAGACGAGGAUGAAGUCGUUCGUAUUGCUAUUGGAGAACUUCAACAGACAAAAGUAGAUGCAAUCAACGAAGUAAGAGCUACAGGUGUGGAAGGCAAACGCAAGCUUGAAGGGAAAAUGUUAGCUUUUACAUUGGGACUCGAGCAGAAACGGAAGAAAAUGAAAAAGGAAUCCAUGAUAAGAGAAAAUAAGUCAAAAAAGAACAUUGAACAGAAAGGAAUCGAAAUCAAAAAGGAACUGACAAGGCAAGAGGUAGAAGCAAAAGAAAAGCUAAAUCAGAAACUUCAAGAAUCAAAACUAGAGUUAGAGGGUCACAAACACUUGAUUGAAUGUUCGAAGAUGACUAUCACCGAGACUAGAAAAGAAGCUGCAACUGACAGAGAGGGAACAGAAGACAUGGUUAUCAAGGAAGACGAAUAUUUUCUGAGAGCCUCCAGUUUGCUACUGAAAGGAGGGCGAUUGAUGUCAAAGGAAACUUUGUACAAAGAACUGCGAAAGGCCGGGGGAAAUCUUGAUAUUCUUCUAAAACAACACAAAAGGAAACUGAAGGACAAAUUUUUAAAGGAGCAGAGGAAGAAAUUGUUUCCAGAUGCUGGAGUAACCGAUGUAGAAACAUGGGAUUUAGCUAUGCUUACAACGGUGUCACUGACGGUUUUUAAACAGUCACUAAACGACGAUGAGAAAAAUGGCCUAAAAUCUAUAAAAAGGAUGAGGGAUGAGAUUUACGCCUAUACUUCGUCGCUAAGUGCCGGUCAAUACGAAGAAAUCCGGAACAAAUUACAAAAAGCACUCACUUCACUGUCGAAUGGGUUAAGCGAAAAGAUGAAAGGCGACUGUUUUAAGAUCAUUCAGGAAUGUACAACUGGCUCUAUCAGUCCAUCAUUAAAAGCAGAACUUAUGAAACAGGUAGCUGAUACAGAACCCUCAUUGCGUGCUGUAAUGAACCAGAAAAACCAGAACAAAUUUCUUUGCGAAAUGAGAAAAGACCUAAUGGACAAAUUAAACAAGAUCUGUGCGACUGAAAACCGAAAUCAAAGGAUUAUAAAAGUGAUAGAUACUGAGCUAACGUUAAGUGGAGCUGUAAAUGAAAGCAAGAAAAUAGACUUGGCUGAAAAAAUCAUCACAACGGUUAUUAAUAGAGCAAAAAACAAAGUCGAAAACGAAAAUGACUUUCCGAGAAUUCGCAGUGUUGUUAAAAAGAUUCUUAAAGACAUUGAAAACGUGACUGAUGUUGAAAUACUCUCAGCAGAACAAAAGUGCAUCCUACUUAAAUUUAGAUGCACAACUUAUUUAGGUAUAUUAAACAUGCUGAUGUAUUUAGAGAGCAGGAGCUUCCUGGAUUCUCUAAAUGAUCUUGCCCUUGCACUGAGUUCCACUCUUCCUAAUGUGAGCGGUCAAUUCAGAAUAGAUGCGACAGUUACACCAGAAUGUUUGGAGGACCUGCUAGAUGAACUAAGAGCGAAAACAGUGGAAACUACGAAGUAUGAACGUACAAUACGAGUGCCGAUAAAGGUUGAAUCAGUACAAGAAAUUGAACGCAUAUGGUCACUGUUUGAAACUGGCGAAGCUACAAAUAGAUUGAAUGAAUUAUCAAAAGCUGUAUCCGAUGAGUUAAAUACAAAAAUAACAUUUACACCUUCUGUAAAUUUAGAGCAGGUCCAGGCAGCCAUUAAGGAAGCAGGUAAAAUGUCAGCAGAAGUGUCGCAGGAAGCUGUUGAAGACAAUGCUAGUUCUCCUGUUGAUGAAGAUAUGGCACACAAAUCUCAGUUUGAGAACAAGAAAUACUGGAACUGGGUGAAGGCGGGACUAGGUUUUAAAUACGUUAAAGAUGGUUUGAAACCAUUCUGUGAGCAUCUAGUUAACCAGCAACAUACAGCUAUCUUAAGUAAUGUCAAGUGGAAGCACAAUCUGUCGGCAGUAUCAUGUGGACUUUGUGAAGUACACAGACUUCAGCCUGAUCAUAUCAGAACGAGAAAUGGACAAUGUCCGCUUGGUCAAAUAGAUUGUAACUGCCAACAUCCAACUGGGAAAAUAUCCUGUCCUUAUAACGUGUGCGGUGCCAUUUACGAUCAAAUAACUCAACGUCACGCAUCAACUCCUCCUGCCCCAAACUGGAGGAAUACAGAUGCAAAGAAAUGGUGCACUGAACCAUGGAGCAUUGCAAAGUGUUUUGUCAAUGCUCCAGGAUAUGAACAGAAAUCAGGAGCAGCUGAGUUUGACCUUCCUGGCUUCCUGCAUUUGCUGAUGAACAACGUAGGUUUUCAGCAACACAUCAAGUGUGUGAUAACUGGUAGAGAUGUUUUCUCAAGGGUACGAAAGGCUAGAAAAGAACUAUUUAAUUCAAAUAGCAUGGAACUGGAUGACACUGAGGUUAACAGUUAUAUAGAUGACAUGACAGAACUCUUGGAAGAUGAAAAAGAAAUUAAACACAGAGAAGAAUCUAAGAUGGCGGUCAAAAAGUUGCAAAAACUAAAGAAGGACGAUUUCAUCAUAUCAACUACAGACGAGGCCGAAAUCCGUCGUGUUGCCAUUGCUGCAAUCAACCAGAAAGAAAGAAAACUUAAACAAACAAUAGUAGAUGCAACAAAUGAACUAAGAACUAAAGCUACUGAAGGCAAGCGCAAGCUUGGAGGAAAAGGUUUAGUUAUUAAAUCUGAACUCGAGCAGAAAAGGAAGAAAAUACGACAGGAGAUGAUGAUGAAAAAAGCUGAACUAGAACAGACAGGACAGAACAUCAAAAAGGAAUUGAGGAUGAGAGAAGAUGAGUCAAAAAAGAAAGUUGAAAUGAAAAGAAUAGACAUAGAAAAACAGCUGACCAAAAAACGGGUAGAAACAGAAGAAAAACUAGAGCAUAAACUUCAAGAAUCAAAAGCGCAGUUAGAGAGUCACAAAAACACGAUUGAAAGUUCAAUGACGAGUACCGCUGAAACUAAUACAGAAGCAGAGACUAGCAAGAAAAAAGCAGACUUUCAGGAGAAGCUGGUCAAACUAUAUAAAACGCACAUCAUGAAGGUACCUCCGUUGCCCCGCCUACAUAAAGAUAGGAGAAAUGUAAGUGACAUAUAUGUUUCUCCCUGGAUGACUGUACAAAUAAAAGAUGAAGAGUCUAAAAGAUGGAAAGAGCUUAAGAUUUCAACGCACCAACUAUUCAGAAAUGAUGAAAAGCCCGCAAAAUAUAUCUACGUAAUUGGAGAAGCUGGCUCAGGUAAAACCACGUUUUGUAAAAUGUUGGUGCAUUUCUGGUGUAUCGCUCAUCCGUAUCAAGAAUGCAGUUUAGACGAACGUGACAUACAUGUAGUUGAAGAAAUGAAGAGAUUUAACUUCUUAUUUUAUGUUUCACUUCGACACUUUUCCGAUCGUAAUAGUAUAGAAGAAAUGCUAAAGAAAUCAUAUAGUGAUCCUGCGCUUGGAGAUAUUUUACAAAAUGAAUCUUGUAAAUGUCUUAUUAUCCUUGACGGUCUUGACGAAUGGGACCCAGAAAGAAAACACAGUUCGCAGUUUCUAACCCCAGGACUUCCAGGACACGGGUUCGGUGCAGACUAUACUAUUAUUACAACUACAAGACAAUGGAAAUUUGAUGCUCUGCCAAUAAGUGAUAGCGAGGUAGAUAAAAAAAUCAAACUAAAUGGAAUUGAUCGGUAUGAAAUGAGAAACCUCACUAAGAAAACAGUCGAAAUAUUAAAUGACAUCUAUCAAAAAUGUAAAAAUGCAGAUGAGUGUAUAUUUGAUCUUGAAAGGAGAAAAGUGUCCGACAUUAGCCAUACACCCUUGGUCUUGCAACAACUAGUUUGUCUAUGGUUUAAUGAUAAACUCCGAGAUAAUUCAAUGUGUGAUAUAUACAAAAGCAUGUUAGAAUGCUUUUUUGAGUGGAAAAUACUUGGUACUUCUGAAAGUCAAAACCAACUUUAUGCUAUCAAGGCCGCAAGUAGAAAUGCACAUUUGACGAAGUACCUUUCAUAUUUAGCGUACGACACCUUGUUUGACAAAAAUAAAGAAACCACACUGACCCAGUUGGACAUACCAAGUGAUGUGAUAAAGGACUGUUUGGCCAGUGGUAUUAUAAAAGAAGAGCGAAUCAUAAGUUUUAGUGAAAGUAUACAAUCAUCAAUUUCCUUCUUUCACAAAUCGAUGCAAGAAUAUUUAGCUGCAGAGUAUAUAGCUAGUCAGUUCAGAGAAAUGCUAAAAUCGCAGAAGGAUGAACAUGAUCUUACAGAUGUCUGCGAAAAGUGCGUAAGGAAAUACUUCGGUAGUUGCAAAACAGCAGUUGAUAUUUUAGAACAGUCAAACGUGUUAAUCAUACUUUGUGGAUUAGAACCACGUUUGUUGACAAAUAUUAGUGAAUAUUUCUAUAACGUAACAAUUGUUGACAAAAUGAUGGUUAAGGAAAGAAAUAAAGAAAUGCUGGAUCCUCUUCAAAUGAGUCUAAAUCAUCAUACAUUGAUCAAUGAUAUUCAAACAUGCAUUUUAAAGUGCAUUGAAGAAGUUAUGUCGAUUACAAAAAAUGCUCGAUUACGUGUUUAUAUCGCCGAUCUUCACCCUUCUAUGGAUUUGCUACAUUAUGGUGAUAAUAUUGUUUUGAAAAAUGUUCUAUCUAUAGAAAUAGUAGACCGUGAAGACAGCAUGAUAGAAUGUUAUGAGAAAGAUGAUUAUGAAUGUUAUGAGAAAGAUGAUUAUGAAUGUUAUGAGAAAAAUGAUUAUGAAGAAAAAUUUUAUCUUGCCGUGAAACAUUUAGUAAAAUGUGAUCAAUUAAAGGUAAUUAAAUAUACAACUGAUACCUUUGGUGGCCGUAGGUCUAUUGACAAUGAAGUUACUACAAUACUUGAGAGAAAUGUUCGCACGCUUGAAACUAUCCAUUUGAGUAUACACGCUGAUAUUAUGAUAACACGUCUUGUUUCAAUAUUACCGAAAAUGCGACAAUUAAUUUCCCUCCAGGUGAACUCUGAGUCCUAUGGAAGUACUAGAGUUUUAACACGUGAUGAUUUUAAUCCGUUGUGUAAAUUCCUAGAGCAGACUACAAGUCUUCAACAUAUAUCGCUCAAUAUUUAUUGUAGUGAUGAAAACGUUGAAUACAUGAUAGACCUAUCAAAACAUAAACAACUUCAACAUGUUGAUUUUAUGGACGGUUCAUUUCGUAUGGUCAGUUGUAACACUGACAAUCUAGAAACAUGUAAGCUUUCCAUUGAAAGAGAUGACAUGAUGAAACAAGUGUGCGACAUUCUAUAUAAAGCAGAUAAAUUAAAACAUCUUGAGCUGUAUGGCCAUUAUUGUAGGAGGUCUUGCGAAACUGAUACUGAAAGUCUUAUCAGACUGCUGCUAUCAUUAGCCAGUCUCAGUACUCUAACGUUAGGGAACUUUAUUUUUACUGACAAUAUUAUAGCACGUGAUAUGAAGAAUCUGAAAAAAAUAACGCUUAGAUGUGUAAGAAUGAGUAUGACAACGUGGUGCAAGUUUAUAGACAGUCUUCCUGAGCUGCCACAAGUAGAAAAGGUAACAACUUCUGACAUGAACAUUAGAGAUGGGACAAUAUAUGGAUACAGUAUGCUUGAUGAAAAACAAGAAGCAACUGCACGCCAGUAUGUUAGAGAGAAAACGAAUUUAUUCCGUGUGACAGACGAUUAUACAGGUCCUUUAGGUCUUUUUGGAUUUACUACAAAGAAAUAGUGACUCUGAAUAUGAGUUUAUUAUAAUGCAAAGAUAGAUCAUGUGAGUAGGCAAAAAUGUUGACACCGUUUCAUGAAAAAGGUACAGCACAAAUGUUUCAUAUUAUAGCAUUUCAUGUAGGACCUUUAUAAAAUUAUGCAUUUAAGUUCAGUGUAAAAAAAUGAAGUACUUCUAGAAUAUUUAUUUUCAAACUGCAAAAAUAUCUUUAUUUGUGAAUUAUUGUAAUAAAACUAAAGCCUUUUUACUUCGGAUAGUUCUAGUCUGUAUAUAUAAUUACAAUAACAUUUUUUACAUAAUCUACAUGAUAUACAUGUACAUGAUAUGACAAACAGAUUUACUGCGUUAAUCACGCAAUGCAUAUUUGAUAUGAAAUAGAAGGAUUUUAGUUGUAUAAUAUUCUUAUCAUAUUCAUAACUUAACAAUUUGGAAAGGUUAGUUGAUUUAUCUUUAUAUUGAAUACUUGCUUUUUGUUUGAACUACUUUGACAUAAUAAUGUAUGUGUACAUGUGGCGGCUCACCACUUUAUAGUUGAACUUACUCAUAUGUCGGCAUGAUUGUACUCAAACAGUUUAUUCUGUGCUUAUUAUUCAGACUACUAUAUGUAAGUUGUAACAUUUCCGGUAUGGCUGGCAAUUAUGACAUGACAUCAGAACUAAAUUUUCGCACAGCAAAAUUUAAUGUUGAGCAAUAGACUGCUCCAUAUCACAGACUGUGGACCGGCGAUAUGUGUAAUAUGUCAUGUCAUAAUUUGACAUAGACAUUGGUAUACUGUAGUAGAUCUAAAUAUUUUCGGCAAAGUUUAUUGAUGUCUACUAUUGUCUUAAAGAGUGCGAACUUGUGUAACAUUUCAAAGCAGAUUUCGGUGUUUUUAUAUAAUUUAGUAAAUGUUGUUAUAGAGAACGUCUUUUACAGCGAGUCAAUAUUUUUCACUUAUUGAUUGGCUUGAUGGUUAGCUAUGUUUCUGAAACAUCGAAAUAUCUGCUUUCUUUACUUAUUAUAGAACAAUUCAACGUCUUCUAUACUUGAAACGACGUUAAAGUACAGUACUGUUUGGAUAUUUUUACCGUUGUAGUUUUAAAUUAUUAGAAUAAUAGAAAUAUGCACGAGCUCUGAGCGGAAUUAUUGCGCGAUUUCAGUUGUGCAAUAUUAUUUAAGAACGAGUGCAAAUUCCCAGAUGCAAAUCUAAUAAUCUUCUUAUAACAUACGCAUCUACGCUAUAACUUUGACAUGAACGGAAUUGCAAAUAUUGCCGUUAAAUACUUUUUAAACGUAACGAAAGAAAUGAAACUGAUGUCGCAAAUGACGUCGUGCUCCCAAUAGGAAAUUUGAACGUCAAUAUGGAAAAAAUGACUUUUCAUGUUCCACUGUAACUUACCGGACUUUAUAACUGAGUACAUUAUAUUGUGUUUCACAGCGACAUAAGACAGUUACUCAGCACACAGUCUGAUGAUUUGUGUCUUAUAUAUAUCUAUACAUUUGAUGUACAAGUCUGUAAAUAAAUUUUCAAAAAAAUG